GUUCCUCUUCCGCUUCCUCCUGUCUCCUGUCCCUGGGCUGCUUCUCCUCCCCUCCGGGCCACCUCACAGCUCUCCACACCCCUGGUGCCCGCAGGCACGCUGCUGCUGGCUGUGAGCUGUCACUGCCACACCCCAGGCCAGGACACCAUGCAGGCCAUCAAGUGUGUGGUGGUGGGAGAUGGAGCUGUGGGCAAGACCUGCCUCCUUAUCAGCUACACCACCAACGCCUUCCCCGGAGAGUACAUCCCCACCGUGUUUGACAACUAUUCAGCCAAUGUGAUGGUGGACAGCAAGCCCGUGAACCUGGGGCUGUGGGACACAGCUGGCCAGGAGGACUAUGACCGCCUGCGACCGCUCUCCUACCCACAGACGGACGUCUUCCUCAUCUGCUUCUCCCUCGUCAGUCCGGCCUCCUAUGAGAAUGUCCAUGCCAAGUGGUACCCCGAGGUGCGGCACCACUGCCCCAGCACGCCCAUCAUCCUGGUGGGCACCAAGCUGGACCUGCGGGAUGACAAGGAGACCAUCGAGAAGCUGAAGGAGAAGAAGCUGGCGCCCAUCACCUACCCACAGGGCCUGGCACUGGCCAAGGAGAUUGACUCUGUGAAGUACCUGGAGUGCUCAGCCCUCACCCAGAGAGGCCUGAAGACCGUCUUUGACGAGGCCAUCCGUGCCGUCCUGUGCCCUCAGCCCACGCGGCCACAGAAGCGCCCCUGCAGCCUCCUCUAGGGUUGCACCCACCUCUGCCCUCCUCCCUCCCAGUGGUCUGACUCUCCAGCCGCCCCGUGGCACCUCGGCUGGCCCUGGCGUCCCUCCCUGUGGGUUUCUUAGUGGCUGCAGAGCUUGGCUGGUUGUCCAUGCUGGAAGAGCCUGGGGCCUGCAGGGGUGAACUUGCAGGAGCUGCCUCUUCCUGCAUAUUCCUGCCUUCCCAGGGUCGGAGGGGCCCAGGGCAGCCUGUGCCGGCUUUCUCCUGUACCACCCUCCGCCUGAAUCCCCUCUGGGGACUUUGAGCCUCGGGCUGCCGCUGUCACUGCGUUCCUCCAGGGGCCACUGUGCACCUCCAGCACGGGCUCUUCCUCCAGGGCUGAUGGUCUUGCUUGUCUGAAAGUCCUCCUUUGAGAAGUCAAAAUGCAUGCGUCGGAUGUGUGCUUCUUGGUCUUUGUUCUGUUAUUGCGAUAACAGAGACCAGUGUCUAGGCUGCUGUGGGUAUCUGCCAAGCUGUUCGAGAGUCCAACCCCUGACCGUUGCUCAGAACUGUCCACCCUCCUGGCAGGAUCCUGAGCUGUGCACUCCUGGGAGUCUCAGGGUUUUCAUACCCUGCCAGGCAGGACUCUUGCUAUUGCAGAUAGAAAAGCUACUUCAACCUGCUUAAAUGGAAAAUAAAUUUAUUGAUUGUAGUUUGGAA